UUAUCUCAACUCAAAUGCCGUUGACUAUCCAUCAUGGCAAAAACGUUCAUCAUACUUAUCCUCCUUCCACUCCUAAGUCAACUCGUUCGAGCCCAGCCAAGUGUGCCUGGGCUCGAACCAGACUCACCGGGUGGCGCAAGCUUUAGCCGGCCUAAGGACGUUAUUAUCAUCGCGGUAAUCUCCGCCCUCUUGUUUGUAGGCUUUUAUUUCAUCUAUCUAUGUUACUGCCUCGAUGACCACUCCAUUGGUAUCGGCAGGUGGAGUAGUUGGAAUGCCUGGCGACCUUGGAAUAUGGCAGGUUCAUUCGGACAUUCACGUCAUAAGGCCUCGAAUGGACUCGAUUUCGACCUCGUCAAGAGCUUACCGACUUUUGAAUAUGGUACCAUUAAGCCCGCAUUGAUCAACAAAGGCGCGUUAGAGUGUGCAGUUUGCUUAACGGAAUUCAAUGACAAAGAUAUACUACGUUCGAUACCCAAGUGUAACCAUGUUUUUCACGCUGAUUGCGUUGAUAAUUGGCUCGUUGGCUACGCUACUUGCCCUAUAUGUAGAUUACAUCUCACAGACGCAGAUAUUUUGGAUCAGAAUCUUACAACACUACAUUAUGACGAUACAAUUGUAGAUUUUGGAGAUGACAAAGUGGAGAUUAUGAGGUUUAGCCGUAAGAUGAGGAACUUGUCGAUGACCGAACCGCCAAGAUUGAUGGGGAUGCUAUCGAGGUCGUUAUCGACGGGAAAUUUGGCGGCGAGGCAGUCGGGAAAUAUGGAAAGAUUUGGAAUAGAUGAUAAGGAUGAUAGAAGAGGAAAGUCUGAUAGUUGGGUUUACAGUUUGUCUCCAAUUGAGGCUGUUACUACUAGGAGUACGAGUCGAGAGGGUUCUACUCCCGCUACUCCUACGACAACUUCAAGCGAAGAGGGCUCUUCCCUUGCUGUUGUUCCUGUUGAACCGACUCAAUUGCCCGUUUGAGUUUUCGAAUUUUGACUUGUAAAUAUUGUAUGAUUUAAAUGAAAUUGAUUUAUCCUUCUUCUUUCUUCUUUCUUCUUUUAUUAUAAAUUUUUAUCUAUUUAUAUUGAGGAACUCUUUCUUCUUAAUUCAUUUUUGUAUCCCAGACUUUCACUUGUAUUUGUACUGGAUUUGCUACAUUAUUGUUGUACAAAAAUUAUUAAAAGAGACGGUCUAAUUUUAAUAUAAAAGUAGACCUAGUCACUAAAUGGAUUAAACUAGUGACCAAAAGAAAUUAACCUAGUUACUAUUGGGCUUAUUCUAUU